GUAUAUAAAUUGCUGCCUCGUUCAGUGAGUGACGAAGUCAUCAAGUGGUUACAUAGCAUGGAAUAUCCCGACUUUACACAGGAUGGAACGCAAGUAAUGCAGUUUGAGGGGAUCGACCAGAGCGAGAUGCUGCAGAGAUUUUCUGACCUUGCGCACAUUCAGAUAAGAGUUGUUAUUUGGGAUGAAUACACGGUGAUUUGUAGAUUGUAAUUCAGCACCGCGUGCCCUGCUACAGUCCCUCAAAUGCUCUAGUUGCAUUCCAGGUUGUCAGAAGAUUGCUAUAUAUAUUGUGGUUCCUGAGAUGUUACCCACUUCUUCCUUUAUUUAAUUAGGCAAUUCAGUUAAGAACAAAUUCUUAUUUACAAUGACAUUCUAGGAACAGUGGGUUAACUGCCUUGUUCAGGGGCAGAACGACCUUGUCAGCUCAGGGAUUCGAUCUAGCAACCUUUCGGUUACUAGGCUACCUGCCGCCCCAGUACCUCUUCUGUGUGGGAUUUAAAAUUAACAUUGGUUCAAGGACAUGCAUCUGGUGUAAUAGAAGCAAUAAUUGGUACCAUGAUUGUCUUUGGGAAAAAAAUAGUAUUUACACACAGACUUAACACAUAUUGCCAUUUCCCCACUCACUAUAGUGGGGGAUCCUGUUUUCUGCAAACAAUGCCUACAGUACAGCAGUCGGCCUUUCGUGGCUUCAAUGGGAGUGGGCAGUAGUUCUCCGCUGAUUUAAAUAACUAUUUUAGUGCUAUUCGGGAUCCUUGGGACAAAAGGGGUUAGUUAUAAUUAUAAACUGGGGGUUUUGAGCCCUGAUUGGCUGACAGCCGUGGUAUAUCAGACCAUAUACCACGGUAUGACAACUUGUUUUUACUGCUCGAAUUCCAUUGGUAAACAGUUUAUAAUGGCAAUAAGGCACUUCUGGGGUUUGAUAUAUGGCCAAUAUACCACAGUUAAGGGCUGUGUCCAGGCACUCAACGUUGAUCAUGCUAAGGAACAGCCCUUAGCCGUGGUAUAUUGGCCAUAUACCACACCCCUCGGUCCUUAUUGCUUAAAUAUCUUUGCCUUAACCACAGUUUCUAAACCCAGAGGCGCAACAUCCUGGAACGCUUGCGAAACAAGCCGGCCAGGGUUUUGGGUUUCAGAAGUCCGAGUGCAGUGAAAAAUCUAAAGGCACAACCUAGAUUCGUCAAUGUCUAAUGUAGUUUAACAUGUUUUUACUGCAACCUCGUGAAACUGAUUUAUAGUGAAGGAGUAACUUUGACGGUGUGCACAUGCGCACUUCGGCACGAGAUGACCCGUUGAUGUGUUUCUUCCCUGGAGUUUAGCUAACCAACGUCGCCAUGACCUCGCCUAAUAAUAAAGCGUAAGCAUGCGUCAUUCAUUUCGAACCAACAAGUGUGCUUACAUGACCUUCACUUGAAAUACAAGAUAAAAGCGGCAAUAGUACUGUUUGUCCAUUUUGAAACGCCGUAGCCCGUAUACGCUUCCUCAAAAUAGUCCGAAUUAACGCAAAAUAACUCAAGAAAUCUGUCAUGGAUUUUUGCCAAGGAGAUCUAAUAGUCUAAAUUUGCAUGAGGACGAGUCCUAUCAUUAAAUGACAAUGGGCACUUCAUGGAAGAAUGCCUCUACUGUUGACCAAUCGCAGAUGUGGGGGCGUAGACUUCAUCAGCUACGGAUGUCGGCUUGCAUCAAACAUUUUGUGCGCCCCAACAGCCGAACACUUUCUGUAGUCCAAAACGAACAAAAACGUCACAAUGUUUUCAUAAUAUAUGCACGAACUGUUUCGUCUGGGAAGCAUGCAGAUAUUCAUACUAUACUCAGUGGUGAAAUAAGUACACAAUUGUCAUACACGAGUAGAAGUAAAGAUACCUUAAUAGAAUAUGACUCAAGUGAAAGUCACCCAGUAAAAUACUACUUAUCGGUAGUAAAAGUCAGUGUUUGGUUUUAAAUAUACCUAAGUAUCAAAAGUAAUUGAUAAAAUAUACUAAAAUGUACUUUUUAAAAUAUCAAAGUAUAAAUCAUUUCAAAUUCCUUAUUAUGCAAACCAGAUGGCACAAUUUAUUUGUACUGCUCCUGAGUGGUUCAGCGGUCUGUGUCACAUUCGGCCAUGAUUGGGAGUCCCAUAGGGUGGCGCACAAUUGGCCCAGCGUCGUCGGGUUUGGCCGGAGUAGGCCGUCAUUGUAAAUAAGAUUUGGUUCUUAACUGACUUGUCUAGUUAAAUAAAGGUUAAAGAAAAAAAUUGAUAGCCAGGGGCACACUCCAAAUACAAUUUACGAAGGAAGCAUUUGUGUUUAGGUUGUCCACCAGAUCAGAGGCAGCACAGAUGACCAGUGAUGUUCUCUUGAUAAGUGCGUGAAUUGGACCAUUUUCUCUCUUCUCUGUUGAUCCCACUUAUUUUGCAAGUAUGCAGUUACCCAUCCUUGUUUUAACCGACAUAAUUUGGCUUCAAUGCCUAUUGAGUCUUCACAUAGGAAUGAACGGUGUCACGAGAUCGAUGGCUUUGUCCAGUCAUUUAAACAGUCAUUGACCCUAACCCCUACCCUAACAGUUUUGUAAAUGUUAAAUUCAAUGGGGUGACGUCAUAGUUGGAUGUCCCAAGGAUUCUACAUAGCAAGAACCAACAAAGAACACACCCAACGUGACACCACACCCACGAGGUUGCUACGUGUACGUUCAAGGGGGAGGGGCACGUAAGUAACAAAAAAAAAAGAAGGAAAGGAGAGCGAAGCAAUUUUAUUUCAACAUCUUUAUAGAAAGUCUAAAGUCAACAGUUUGGAGUCAUGCCUAUACGUCGUGCAGCUGGGACUCCACCCCAGGAGACACCCCCCUUGGCUGCACCAGAUGGAGAGCCUGAUGCCAGCUCUGAGGAAUCUGCCUCUGUUGAGGAGGAGCAGGAGGUAGCACCCGCAGCCCCAGUAGCCAAGAAGGGGGAGGGUCAAGGAGAAUGUGAGGGCACAGGUGAAGGAGACCCAAAAGAGAAUGGUGAGAAACCUGAUGAAUCGACUGGAAAGAAGACUGAGGAGAAGAAGGCUGAGGGGGAAGAGGCUGAGAAGGAAGAGAAAGAUGGAGUGAAAGAGAAAGUCAAGAAGCCUAUUAAAAGGACCAUUCCUGCCUGGGCCACCAUGUCUGCCAGCAAACGUGCAACGCUCACUAAUAAGAGCACCUCAACCAUGCAGCCGCCUAGGAUGGACGACAUCCUCAUUGAGGCUAUUGAGUCCUGCAAGGAGAAGACUGGGGCCUCAGCCCAUUCUGUCAUGAAGUACAUUGUGAAGAAAUACCCUAACCUGGAGUUGGACAAGAGGAAAUUCCUUCUCAAGAAGGCUCUCAAGAGGCAGCUGGAGAAGGGCACCAUCAAACAGCUGAAGGGUAAAGGCCUUUCUGGAAGCUUUACCAUUGGGAAGCAGCCCCCUAAUAAAUCCACUGCUAAGGGGAAGCCGAUGGCAGUAGCUCCUGGGCUGAAGGCAGAGACCCUUGGGGAUGCUCUGCCCCUGAUCAUCACACGGCUUUGUGAGCCCAAAGAGGCGUCUUACAUUCUGAUCAAGAAAUAUGUGGAGCAGCACUUCCCUCAACUUAACGUGGAGCAUCGGCCGGAUAUCCUAAAGAGUGGCCUGGUGAGAGCUGUGGACAAGGGUCAACUGGAGCAGAUCACUGGAAAAGGUGCCUCUGGAACAUUCCAGCUGAAGCGGGAAGGGGGUAAGUUCCUGCUUAAAGGUGGGCACCUGGAGGACGCUAUCAUGACAGCCAUCGUGGCCAUGAACGAACCCAAGACUUGCAGUACCACCACACUCCGCAAAUUCCUGUUAGAGACAAACAAGGACAGCAUGGAGUACCGUGUGGUGAACAGCCUAAAGAGGACACUGCAGAAGUGUAAAAUGAUGGGCUGGAUGGAGCAGAUCACUGGGAAUGGGCUAAAUGGGACCUACCAGCUCUGCUACCCUUACCACCCCAGCCCAGCCAUUCUGUUCCCAGAAAAACAGAAAGUGAAAGAGCAGAAAAUGGCAGAGAAGGCUAAACGCAGAAAGAUGGUUGACUCGUCUGAUGAGGACUCUGAUGAGGAGGAAGAGGAGUCGUCUGAGGAGGAUGAGGAGUCAGAUGAUGAACCCCCUCCUAAGAGGAAAGCUGUGAAGCGGCCACCACCUAAAGCACGUCGCCCUCCCCCCAGCAAGAAGUCACAGCCGGCAAGUCAGUCAAGGGCUAAGGGCAAGAAAAGAGCUGCCCCUGCUAAGAGAUCUGCACCCCCAGUCAAGAAACCAGCGCCCCAAGCUAAGAAAGCAGCACCCCCAGCCAAGAAGCCUGCUCCCCCAGCGAGGAAACCAGUGCCACCGACAAACAAACCAGUGCCCCCGGUUAAGAAACCUGCAGCUGCCAGUAAAGCUGUAGCCUCAAAGAAGACGCCCCCACCAGCUAAGGCGGCACCCACACCAGUCAAGAAAGCUGCUCCACCGAGCAAGCCCAAAACGCCCAUUGUCAAAAAGCUGACAAGCAGGGCAUCAAAGCGCCCAGUGCCCAAAAAGUCACCACCUGCGAAGAAGGAAGCAGCCAAAUCUGCAGUGAAGGCCAAGCCAGCAGCCCGCAAGUCCCUGAGGGAGAGGAAGUGAGCUCACUAUUGACCAGCAGUGGAAGUUUAACUGUAGCUCUGAAGACUGCAGUGCUCUGCCUCUAGCCAUGCUCUCUUUCGCAUCAUUGUUUUCUCCCUGUUUGGGGCUCUAGAAUUCUUCUCUGUAGCAUAGGGAUGUGACAGUUAUCAGUUCAUGUCAAUUUACUGUACUUUGAACUGUUACAUUUCUGUGAACCCAACCUCUGAACACCAUUGUGUAGAAAGUCCUCUUCAAAAACUGUAAAAUUGCCUAGGUAUUGAAUUGUGAAAUGUCACAAUUUCCCUCACACACUUGUGUAUAUGCAGAGAUCUAACAAAAUCAAAGUGACUUGUCUUUUCAUUUUAACAUUUAAUCCCAAUCCACUUUCCCAUGUUUUAGCUUGACACAUUCCUUGUAUAAAAAUAUAGAAUUCUCUACAUUUAAUCUGGAGUAAAUUUUCAAAUCUUAAAGAAUAUUGAGAUUUAUGUAAGUGAAUUUGAGAGCAUGAGAGCCAAUUUUUCAUGUAAUGAAUUGUGUUAUUUAAAUUAAAUUUCCUUGAUCAGUUGCAGGGCCCAUGGUUAAAAUACUUAAUUUGAUUGGAGACUGACAUAAGGAAGCAAUUUGUCAUUGUCAUAUUCAGUACUACUGCAUAGUAUUAGGGGAAUAUUUUUUUAAAGUGCGUAACUAAUGAAAGUUAAUUUUAUCAUAUAAAGCUAUAAAAAAAAGAUACAAAAUCGUCUACAUUCUGUGUAAUAGUACAAGAUUUGAAGAAACUUCAUUUUGAAGGUGUGGCUCAUGCAUACCUUGCAUGCGUGUACUCUUUAUGUUUUGCUUUUUUCCAAGUCGUUAUUAAAAUGGCUAU